UGCAAUAUUAUAUAUUUUCUGUUUAAAAGAUAAAUAUUAACAAUAUUUAACAUCAAGUGUUGUUGACUAAUUUAACCUAAUUAAACCUUACAGCUAAUUUAAUAUAUUAAAAUACAUUUUUAAUAAUGUAGCUGUGCAUCAAUCCAAGGUGUUAUGCUUUACCUUAUUUGUAUAUGUGAAUAUUUCUAAAAAUUAUGCAGCUGAUAACGCUCUUAGCGGUAUUAAUGUGUGUGGGAGUGAGAAAUAUUGAGAUAAAUCCAUUGAAAACAAUAAUCUGGGGCCCAGGAUUAAAGCCAGCAGAAAUUACCUUGCGUGCAAGAUAUAUCUUUCUCCAACUAGUUGAUUCACAUGAAAGAAACUUGACGAAAUCUCCUGGUGAAAAUAUAGUCACUGGGACAGUACAAGGACAAUCAUUUGAUGGCUCAGCGUGUCGUAUUUGGACUCAACUUUUUGACUGCAAAGAUGGAAGUUUUAUUCUACGCUAUAAAGUCUUCAAUACCUGUUCGAGCAUUAAGAUCAAAGUGAAGAUUAAGGGAAUGGAACUACCCAUAUUUCAAUCAGAGAUCAAAGGUCCUGUUUAUGAAGAAGAAUGUUACUGCCCGAAUCUAUCGAUCGCUAAUUGGCUGGACAGUUAUCAAUGCCAACGAAAUUACACCCAAAUGCAUCGUGAUCUCGCUCCAUUUCCAAGUGUUGACUUUGACAAAAUACGUGAAAAUAUCAUUAAGAGAUACGAUCAGCCGACCAGUGUCAGCAUUUGCCAUUACGUACUAAAAACCAACCGAAUUUAUAGGCAAUGUUACGGCCAGUAUGUUGGCUUUAAGAUAUUUAUGGAUGCUAUAUUGUUGUCGCUCGCGCGCAAAGUAGUAUUGCCAGAUAUUGAAUUCUUUGUGAAUCUGGGUGACUGGCCGCUUGUCCCCGAUAAGGGCCCUCUGUACCCCGUUUUCUCAUGGUGCGGGUCCGAAGAUACAAGUGACAUCGUCAUGCCUACAUAUGAUAUCACCCAAUCAUCCUUGGAAGCGAUGGGAAGGGAAAUGCUAGACACACUCUCAGUGCAAGGUAACACUGAUCUGCCAUGGGAGAACAAGACUGAGCAGUUAUUUUGGCGCGGACGUGACUCCAGGAGGGAGCGCCUUGAUUUAAUCGACAUUUCACGAGAACAUCCGGAACUUUUCAAUGUCUCUAUCACAAAUUUCUUCUUCUUUAAAGAUAAAAUUGAUAAGUACGGACCCGGGCAAAGUCACGUGUCGUUCUUCAACUUUUUCAAGUACAAAUAUCUGCUGAAUAUCGAUGGCACAGUAGCAGCGUAUCGAUUCCCGUAUUUGCUCGCUGGAGAUUCUCUGGUGCUCAAGCAAGAGUCCAAGUAUUACGAAUUUUUCUACAAGGAUCUUACACCCGGGAUACAUUAUGUGCCUGUGAAAAGCGAUCUCUCGGAUCUGGUUGACAAGAUUCAUUGGGCAAAGGAACACGACGAGGAUGGAUUGAAGAUUGCUAAAUCCGCCAGACAAUUUGCGAGGGAUAAUUUAUUACCACGUGAUAUAUUGUGUUACUAUACAAUUUUAUUUCACGAAUGGAGAAAACGUUUAAGGAGUAAAGUUGAAGUACUGAAUAACAUGGAAGAAGUACCACAACCUAGUCAUUCCUGUCGGUGUCACCUUAUUACCACCAAUUUAAACCACAGAGAUGAAUUGUAGUUUAACAUCCUCUUGUUUACAUCCUCCUAUAACUUACUAAUACAGCGAAGAUCUAACCGACUCACAUCAUCGUCAUACGAGUAUCACGUGUAUCAUAAAUGUAUAAAGAUACAUAUUUCUUCAUUAAGAUUUUGUACCUAUCGCUAAUGUCAAAAAUAAAAAGGGAGAUAUGAGCUCGAACUUGAAACAGGCGGUCUUCUAAUAUUCGAUAGAUUUUUUCUUUUUUUCUUUUUCUUUUUUUAUGAUGCACUUGUAUAACCUGCCUUUUUUUUUAGCUAUUUUUAUAUACCAUUUAAUAGUUUUCAUUUAUUUAAUCUAAAAACAUAUCAAGAUCUCGAACAAGAUACAUCAUUUGUACAAUUAUCAACAUCUCCUUCGAAAAAUAUUUAUGGGAUUAAUAUGUAACAUGGAGAAAUUUAUAUUCACAUUCGUAUUUUGUAUCGCGAUUUACCAAAUUAAAUUUCACUACAAUAUGCAAAUAAAAUUGAGACAAACAUUCACGUUUGUGUAAUCAGCAUCAUAGUCCUAUUAUAUGCUCUAUAAAGACAAACUUUAUCAGUAGUUAAACACAGCUCUUGCGAGAAAUGAAUUCGAUGCGAAACGGAAUGACAAAUAAAAGUCCUACCGCAAAUUUCGCAUAUAGAUAACCGACUACCGGCUGUGUCGUCUAUACUAUCGUUUUUAUGUACUUGGCGUCUUGGCUAAUAUCUGUCGCUUAAUAUCCUCUCCGGAUGGCAAUAUCAAAUAACCGAUAACGAAGUUUAAAUUAUAAAAAUGAUGUCUGGAUACAAUAACGUACGCGUAUGGCAAUUAAACUAUAAUUUUAUGAACUUCGAGUCGCAAUCGAUAGCGUUUGUGUACGGUCUCCCAUCGAGCGACGUGUCCACGUGGCAAACCCACGCCAAACUACGGAGUGAAACCUUUCACCGAAGAAUUUCUCGGAUCGAAUAUGAAUAAGCUGUGUGGCCUUUGUUAUUCUCCAAUUGGCAAUCCGAGGAAUUUAAUUUAUCCAACGGUGGAACAACAUUUGCAGGAACUAAAUUUGACCAUAAUUGGCACUUACAAGUGACUGUAUCGAUCGACUCACCGACGGGAGGUCGCAAUAAUUAACGCGCUGAAUUCUAAUACGUUGAGUGGAUUUUUAACACAACGCCACAAAUGUUUCUAUUUUGAAGGUAAUACGUGAGUUCUCUCUGUGUUUGUUUAUUUUGUGUGUGUGUGUGUGUGGGCGCGCGCGGAUGUGUGAAAAAAAUAUUCGACGUGUGACAAUUCUACAAUUUCCGUUUACUUUGACUAUAUUCUAAAGUCUCUUUAAUCGAUAAAAGUUCCUUAACACGUUGAGCGCGGCGCCGAUUUUGCUAUCCUUUCCGCUCAGGCGGCAGCGAGCGAGCACUUGAUGCUCAAGAAAUUUUUGAGAUAGAGAGUAUGAACAGAAGAUUACUUUGUUUCAAUUUAUUGUGGGAUGGUGCAGCCAAUGCGUAAGUAUACAAAUUAUAAACAGAAGAUAAUGGGAAGGGGAAUGGCAAGAAGGUGACCUCCAAGAGACGAGCAAUCUUAUUGUAAUAUGUGCAUCCACACCUCAUCCACAC